GGAAGUGAAACUAUCGCAACACGGAAGAGUAGGAAAGAAAACAAAAUAAUCGUUGGAGUUUGUGUCCUGUGUUACUCGGAGAAGACGCCCUGAACGCCGAUUUCUUUGUGGAUUACCGUUUUUGUGACGUCGAGCUCGGCACACGAUGGAUUUCUUAUUUGGGAAGAGGAAGACCCCGGAGGAGAUGCUGAAGCAGAACCAGAGGGCUCUCAACCGAGCCAUAAGAGAGCUGGACCGAGAGCGCUCGAAACUGGAGCAGCAGGAGAAGAAGAUCAUUGCCGACAUCAAGAAAAUGGCCAAACAGGGACAAAUGGACGCCGUUAAGAUCAUGGCGAAGGAUUUGGUCCGCACGCGACGCUACGUGAAGAAGUUCAUCAUGAUGAGAGCCAACAUCCAGGCCGUCAGUCUGAAGAUCCAGACGCUCAAGUCCAACAACAGCAUGGCGCAGGCUAUGAAAGGCGUCACAAAAGCCAUGGCAACCAUGAACAAACAGCUGAAACUGCCACAGAUUCAAAAGAUCAUGAUGGAGUUCGAGAGGCAGAGUGAAAUCAUGGACAUGAAGGAGGAGAUGAUGAACGACGCCAUCGACGACGCCAUGGGUGACGAGGACGACGAGGACGAGAGCGACGCCAUCGUGUCCCAAGUGCUGGACGAGCUGGGUCUCAAUCUGUCCGAUGAACUUUCAAAUCUCCCGAGCACCGGAGGGAGUUUGGCGGUGGCCGGAAAGAAGGCGGAGCCUCAGGCCGCCCUGGCCGACGCAGACGCCGACCUGGAGGAGCGGCUGAACAACCUCAGGAGAGACUGAACCCGUCAGACACUCAAUACAGGAACAAGCAUACUCGAAUCUCUGUGUUUAGAGUUCUUUUUGAAGGUUUAACUGGAGGAGCGGCGAGCGCUUCAGAAAAACGUUUGUGGGGUUUUCAUGGCUUUCUGUUUGAGGUGUUUUCUUUUUUUAUGAGUGUAUUAUCCAAAUCGAUCUAAAACCCACAGGGGUCUUUAUCCUCCCUAAGUGUGUGUGUCUGCUUUUUUGCCAAAAAGACACAAAUGAAGAUUAAGAGUUUCACGUGUGUAUAUAAAAAGUGAUGUUUUCACUUCAACACUAAACUUUACGAUUAAAGGCGCCCAACUUAAAGGUCUGAGAUGAUUGAAGGAGUGGUCCGCUCGUUUUCUACAUCAGUAUGAUAUUAUAUACACAGACAGCUGUUUGCUUUACGAUGAUUAUUUGAUUUUCUUUUACGGGAGCUAGCAGUAGUCCGAGUCCAGCUGAAGAUUGUGUACAGAAAGUGUAUAAUCGACACUCUUUUUCUCUUAAGUCAUUUACAAAAACGGUUUAUACAAGAAGAGCAUCUGAAGAGCGAGACGCAGUGAAAGAAAGUGAAGUGGAGCGGACUCUUCACCAGCGGAAUAACACUCCUGUAUACUGCCGAGUGGAGAUGUUUUUAGGAAUCAGGAUUUUCAUCUAAAUGUUACGGAGUUUAAAAAAACUGUCCUGGUUUUUGGUUUUCUUUCUUCAAUAAACUUUUUUUUUUCAGAUUAAA